AUGAAGCGCUCGUUCUCAGUCCACCUCGUCGUCUUAAACUUCCUUUUCCAUGAUAAUUCUGCCUACGUCGUCAAGCUCACCGUCGGUCGCGAUAACCAGCAAACGUUCUCACUUCAAGUCGAUUCGGGUUCCUCGGACCUCUGGAUAUCCUCAACGUCAUGUUCGACGUCUAGUUGUGGUAAAAACGGAGGAAGGCUGUACAAUCCGUCGACGAGUGGAGCGAGUGCGACGGGUGUGGGAUUCGAGAUUGAUUAUCUGAGGGGGCACGUAGAAGGACCGAUAUUCUGGGACCGGGUGGUUGUGGGAGGGUACUCGAUUGAGAACCAAGCUCUCUCUGCGGCCAAUAUCGUCGAAGACGAACCCCUCGCGCCCAACUUUAAUGGUAUACUCGGUAUCGCCCUACCUCUGAACUCGAUCAUCGCCGAACGGAUACCGCCGGUUAUUACGAACGACCCCGACGGCGCUGCGUGGGCAUCCAACCUCUUCUCCAUCACCCCUGUUCGCAACGCGCCUGCGUCUCGUUUCCUCUCCCUUACCCUGGGCCGACCAGGCUCAAACCGCGUACCAUCGCUAAUGGGAAUUGGACGGCACCCAGAAGAUAUCGUACCCGACCCGAGCUUAAUCGAGUACUCGACACUCGUCGCUGAACGCGUGGGGACGCUGUUCUGGAAGACGACCGUGCGCUCGAUCACGGUUUAUGUCGACGGUGUGCCGAACGAUAUCGACUUACCGCGCUCGGGGAACGGUGCGGUAUUUCCAACUGCGAUAUUGGAUUCUGGUGUCCCGCUUAUUUUCACCAGUUCGGAGAUUGCGAAUGCUCUGUAUGGUGCGAUUGGGGUGAGCCCGGCGAACGAUGGGCAGUACUACGUCCCGUGCAACCAGCCGCUCAAUAUCACCUUCCGACUCGACAAUCGACGAGAAAUUCCGUUGCAUCCGCUGGACCUUACGGCUGACCCACCCGAUAACAACCGCGCGGCGUUUUGUAUUGGGCUGAUUCAAGUCGCGGAUGCGCAGCUUGGGCGACCCAACUCGAUCGCGGAUAUGAUUCUGGGGGUGCCGUUUAUGAGGAAUGUCUACACCGUUAUGGCGUACGCACAGCCUAACUCGGAUGGAUCCUUCACGCCCGCUUUCGACCCGGACGAAGUAGAUGAAGACAGCGGCAACUCGACUACCACGCCGCCCCCGACGUCGAUUAUUACGCCCCGGUUGGGUCUACUGAGCAUAACCGACCCCUCCAUCGCGCUCGACGAAUUUACGACCGUCCGUGUCCUCAACAAGCCCAUUUCGAACUCGACGGACGGGUCUACGCGGAAUCCGACCAGCGCCGAGAGAGGAGGAGGGUCGAAGAAACUCAGUACGGGGAUUAUCGUCCUCAUCGCGCUCCUUGGGUUCUUUGCGCUUUGUUGUAUAUUCUUUUUUGUGCGGUGGGUUUUGCAGCGAAGGGCUGCACGACGGCGGCAGAAGCAGGGUUUCGGUGGAGGUGGAGCAGGAGCAGGAGGAGGGUGGGGAGAUGAGGGAGGAGAGGUGGAGGAUACGAAGAGGGCGUUGUAUAUGGGUUCGACGAUGUUGGGGAUGGAUGUUGGGGGGUAUCAGCUUGCGGAGAGGAUUACGAAGGAGAGGGGGAGUGUGUAUGGGAGUGCGGGUGGUGGUGAUACGUUGAGGAGUGGGAGGAGUGGAGAGGGCCGGCCUAGUACUGGCGAUACGCUACGGGACUCGCUGGCGGAUGGAUCGAAAGGCGGGGACAACCAUUCGAAGAUGUCGGGUGAUACGCUUCGUUCGAGCCGUGGAUUCAACAAGGAGGACGAUGUGACGCCAACGGAGAGGGGGUCGGUGUUUGCUACUCAACAGUCCUUGGACCGUGCUCAACCUGGAAAGGACGGCUUUGGCGACGAUGAGGAGGAGCUCGGUGAUCCAUGGGAUCCGACGACGGGUCUGCCCUGGGCUGUGGGGAGCGCGGCGUCGAAGAAGACGUUGGCGUUUGGCCAGCGGACGAGGAUUGAUAGUGGGAUUCUGCCGGAUAAUGGUUUGUUGUCGAGUGCGGGUGGUGGAGGGGGGAGUCAGUCGGGUGGUGGGGUGCCGAGUACUGGGACGUUACCAUCUGAACCGCUCUUGACACCCCUUUCGCGCGUGAGGACGCAUCAGCAUACGAGGGACCGCUCGGAUUCGCCGUCGAGAGGGUCGGGGUAUUCGAGGCCGUCGGUGUACUCGUCCAAUGCGGCUUAUUCGCCGGAACGUGAAUCGAGGGCGGGGCUGCAUCAUCGACAGCAGAGUUCGACUGUUGUACCGCUUUUGUCGGGGAUGGAGAGUGAUCAUGGGAGGGAUGGGGAGCACGAGGAGGAGAGGAGGGGGAGGAGGGCGGAGGUUGGGUUGUCAUAUUACCUCGGUUCGUCGUCGAACGAUGUCGAUGAGUCUGGUUUGGGGAGUGGGAGUGGAGGGUAUGUUGAUGAGUUUGGUUCGUCGGCGCUAGGAGGGGGAGGGGGUAUGGCGGGUGUAGGAACUGCGUCGAGGACGAAGAAGCUUUCAGUGGAUGAUACGACGAGGUUUAGUGUGUCCUCGGGGAGGGGUGGGCGGUAUCGACCAUCGAGGUCGAGAGAGAGGGAGAGGGAGAGGUCGAAUGGGAGUCGCAAGUCCCUAUUGGGUAGUGUGGACCCGAUUGUUGCUCCGCCGUUGCCUGUGCCUAUGGGCGGUGGAGGUGAGCGUGUUGGGUUCUAG